CCUCACGUCACGUGACUGACCGUCGCCCAGGUUGUGUCGAAAGCAUCCUGGUUGUUAGCACUGAGCUUAGCCGCUGACACACACACAACAACAAAAAACACAAAACACUUCCACAAUGGACGAGUUAAUAAGGUGGCUCUAGCGGAGAGAAAGAAGACAGAGGGAGUAGGUGAAUGUUUUCCAACAUGCUCUGAUAUGAGCAGAAACCUGAAGAGGCCAGUCAACACUGCUAACAAAACAUUAGCCGGAGCUAACGUUCAAACUUUGACGGGCGACAGCUAAAGUAGCCGCUAGUUUCCGAUUUACUCUCAGCAAAACAGGCAGCAAGGCGACAUGUGUGGUUACUGCAGCAGCCGGGCCAUCUGUCUGGCUCUGUAGUUGUUUACGCUGCUUAAUUAAUGCGUUAAUUUGACCGGUCCGGCGUUUAUCACCAACUAACGUCAGCUAAAUGCUAACGCUUUAGCCGCUCCAAACUUCGCUGUAACUCAAUAUUUACAUAAAUUCAAGUGUCUGUUUCUCUGCGAGUGGAAGUGCGAAAACAAAAGCAGCUGUUUUUUCUGAUUGAUUUCAAACCAAUCGCGUUAAAUAUAAAUAAUGCGAAACAGCAGGAUGGGGGGAUCAACAGCUGUAUUGUGUAGAAAACACAUCUGUCCGCUCGUUUCGGUCAUCUCUGUGUUCACCAUAAUGCAGCUACUGUAGAUUUAUUUAAAAAAUAUAUAAUCCCUAACAGUUUAACAUCUUGUAAAUAUCAAAACAUUUUAUUACCGAGUUGAUCUUUGGCAGUCUGUACAAGUCUUCUUUAAGUUAUGCCUGGGGACGCGUCUGAUAGUAGUGAUGACUCCGAUGCAAAAACAAAUGAAAAGGCCUGCACCGUCAAGCAUCAGAUCACCAAUGCGAACCUCACGGGUCACACCGAGAGGGUCGGCAUGGAGAACUUUGAGCUGCUCAAAGUCUUGGGCACUGGAGCUUACGGGAAAGUGUUUUUGGUCAGGAAGAACAGCGGUCAUGAUGCAGGCCAACUGUACGCUAUGAAGGUGUUGAAGAAAGCAGCUAUUGUUCAAAAGGCAAAGACAACAGAACACACUCGCACUGAGAGGCAGGUGCUGGAGCACAUCCGCCAAUCUCCCUUCCUGGUCACGCUCCACUACGCCUUUCAGACUCAGAGCAAGCUACAUCUCAUCCUGGACUAUGUGAGCGGAGGAGAGAUGUUCACUCAUUUGUACCAGCGGGAUCACUUUCCUGAGGAGGCGGUGCGGAUUUAUAUCGGGGAAAUAAUCCUGGCUCUGGAACACCUGCACAAGCUUGGUAUCGUGUACCGAGACAUCAAAUUGGAAAACAUUCUUCUAGACAAUGAAGGCCAUGUGGUAUUGACAGAUUUCGGGCUCAGCAAGGAGUUUCUGGAAGAAGAAAAGGAAAGGACCUACUCUUUCUGUGGCACUAUUGAGUACAUGGCACCUGAAAUCAUCAGGGGGAAAUCCGGGCAUGGCAAGUCUGUAGAUUGGUGGAGUCUUGGGAUCCUGAUGUUUGAGCUUCUGACAGGAGCGUCUCCCUUUACCUUAGAGGGAGAGAGGAACUCCCAGAGUGAGGUGUCAAAACGUAUUUUACGCUGCGAUCCACCGUUCCCCUCCAUGAUUGGACCCACUGCUCAGGACCUGCUGAAGAAGUUGUUGGUGAAAGAUCCCCACAGGAGGCUGGGUUCUGGACCACGAGGGUCGGAAGACAUCAAAGCACAUUCCUUCUUCAAGGGCCUGAACUGGGCUGACCUAGCACAAAGGAAGGUGGCAAGUCCGUUCAAACCAGAGCUCAAGAGUGAACUUGACGUGGGGAACUUUGCUGAAGAGUUCACCGGGAUGGAUCCCGUCUACUCUCCAGCUAGCACGCCCCCAAGCACCGGUCGCUUGUUCAAGGGUUACUCCUUUAUCGCUCCCUCCAUCCUGUUCAAUAAGAACGCGGUCAUGGGAGACUUUGUAGAAUCGCAGGUUGGUGCUGAUCGACCAGGUUCAGCAUCCGUCCAACGCAGUGCAAUGUUAGAGGAAUCCCAGUUUUUUCAGCACUAUGAGCUCUGUCUUCACGGUCCACCCCUCGGCGAGGGUAGUUUCUCGGUGUGCAGGAAGUGCCGGCACAAGCAGAGCAACCACGAGUACGCCGUCAAGAUCGUCAGCCGCAGAAUGGAGGCGAACACGCAGAGGGAGGUUGCCGCUUUGAGGCAAUGUGAGUCUCACCCAAACAUCGUCAAGCUGCAUGAAGUCUAUACCGAUCAGUACCACACGUAUUUAGUGAUGGAGCUUCUGCGAGGUGGGGAGUUGCUGGAAAGGAUCAGGAGGAAGAAACUCUUUGGCGAGGCGGAGGCCAGUCAGCUGUUGCAGAGCCUGGUCUCAGCCGUCAGCUUCAUGCACGAGGCCGGAGUCGUGCACCGAGACCUGAAGCCAGAGAACGUGCUGUUUGCAGACGAGGGUGAGGACUCUGUGCUGAAAGUCAUAGAUUUUGGAUUCGCCCGCCUCUGCCCCGCGGGCAGCGCCCCCCUACAGACUCCCUGCUUCACGCUGCAGUAUGCCGCACCUGAACUUUUCGAGAGCGCGGGUUACGAUAAAGCCUGUGACCUCUGGAGUCUCGGGGUCAUCCUGUACACCAUGCUGUCAGGCCAGGUGCCAUUUCAGAGCGAGCAGCGGGGGAUGACCUCGUCGUAUGCUGCUGACAUCAUGCAAAAAAUAAAAGAGGGCGAUUUCUCAUUGGACGGGGAGGCCUGGAAGGGCGUGUCAGAGGAUGCCAAAGAGCUUGUUAAAGGUCUGCUCACAGUGGAUCCAGAAAACCGUCUCAAACUCUCUGAUCUGAAAGAGAACAGCUGGCUGCAGGGCGGAGCAUCCAUGUCCACCACUCCUUUGUGCACUCCUGAUGUUCUUGAGUCUAGCGGGCCUACUGUCCGCACCUAUGUCAACGCCACCUACAAGGCUUUCAACCGCGGUAAGAGAGAGGGCUUCUUUCUGAAAAGCGUCGACAACGCUCCCCUCGCAAAACGACGGAAGCUGAAGAUGACAAGCACGGGCGUAGAGACCAGAUGGAGUUCAUCCUCUUCCUCCUCCUCUUCUUCCACUUCUUCCUCUGCCUCUGCAACAGCAUCCAAAGUGCAGCCAAAGCAAACUGUGACCCCAAAGCAGAGCUAGCUUAGACGGCAGGGGGGACAUAGCAGAAGGAAAAUGAAGUGGUAUGUGCUUAUACUGGCAACACGAUGUCCUCCAGCGGUGAUAGGGUCACCACGGUUCCAAAAAAUUUAAAUAUACUGACAAACCAAAAGACUGGUUUAGGUUAGUUUUAAGUUUUCAAUACAAAAUCGAAUGAAUACGAAACUUCAUUCAUCAUGCCACAUCCUCCCCAAAUCAAUCAUGUAUUUUUCUUGAGAGAAGAUGAUAAAGGUCUAAAAAUCUGUGGCCUUGGGGGAGAAAAACAGUCAGUAUUUUCUCACCAUAAUAUGGUGACAUCACACACUAAAGUUAAACAAAUGAGACAGUUACCUAUAUUCACUGUGGGUAAAAGAAACAGUGCCUGGCUACAUAGGGUUAAAGGGAAAAAGGAGCCAUACAUGAGCAGAAGCCAUAUAUACAGCAAAGCAGUGAAUAUAUAUCAAUUGAGCCGCUGUGGAUACACACAGAUUUGCACAUUAGCAAAUGAAUAGUCCUUCCAGAAAUUAGCAGGCGUAACCCUUUUGAUUGUAUCAAGUUAUUUGUGCCAUUGCCUUGUUUAUAAGGGGAUAUUCAGACAGGACCAGGCGCUGCAGCAUCGCUGCAAUGUCAAUGUCAGCACUCCUUCACUCUCAUUCGCUGUCUAAGUCUCUUAACCAUCGGACACAAACCAAAUUAAACUUCUUUGUGACACUAUUUUGCAGCGUAAAAUUGCGAGCCAGGCACAUAUUUUUAGAAGCUGGUACAUGAAAUAAACAAAGCAAGAACACAACAGGUGUCAGUGUUUAGCCGGUGAAUUCACCUGAGUAGUCUCAGAGACAUUUAAGGCCGACUGUGGAAGGUUUAACCGCUCUGGCGGCUGCAACAUGACGUUUGGCUGCGUUUUUUCCCAAAAGUUGGCUUAAUUUCUCCACGCUGCGUUUUUUUAGUGGACACAAAUGGACUACCUACACCCAAAUCAAUGGAAAAUCUCUGUUUUCGACACAGCGCCGGAUCCUGUCUGAUCCUGCCCCUUAAAGAUUGGCAAAAAAUAAAUAAAAUAAACAGCAAAAGUUUGGCCACAACUGUUGGGGCCGUAUGUCGGCACUCUGCUCUGUAAGGAGAGCAGCAAUGUGGAAACUUCCAUUGUGUUGGUUAAGCAAAAAAAAAAUAUCCAGAUGUUUGCACUAUUUGCAAAGAAUGUAAAUGUGAAUGAUCAAAUGGUAAAAAAAAAAAAAAAUCUGGAAGGACUAAGUGCAGAGAGAAAGGAAACGUUGAGACUGCACAGGAUGGAAAACGCUGUAAGUCUGUUGAAAAGAUCGCGAAGCAGGCGCACCUCCGAUACACUACCAUGGACACAGUGGAUGUCGUGAUCGAAGUAUAUCGACAAACAAUCCGAGUUUGACUUGAAGUGGUCGCAGUAACAGUCCAACAGUAGCACCUGGGGAAAAAAAACAAACAAGUAACAGGUUUAAGACACAGACGCAAUCAUGAAAUGGAGUGUGAUUUCUCUCGUCAUCCUUGCUGUAAAUUUCUCGCAUUAUCGUGCCGGUCUGAAAAUCUCUCGCAUGCUAAUCUGUCGUGAUGAUUAACCGUCAGAACUUUUUUCUAUUUUAUUUUAUUUUAUUUUUUGGUAUCUCUCGGGCUCGCUGACGUCACCCAGAAUGUUUUUAUGCUACCUGAGUGUAGUUUGAGUGUUUGGAGCAAAAUCCAUUUUUGGUGAUUUUUGCACGAGCGUCGCCUUCAGGCUUGUGAAUUUUUAAAAAGAAAAAGGGGCGUCACAGUUUUCUGUCACCCUUUGUCAGACCAGCGCCACAUGCGGCUAUCACGUACACACAAUCUGAUUUGAUACAGUGAAAUAUCGUUGCAGUGUUCUUGCUGUCACCUGGGCUGUAAGGGUCACCCAUGAAAUAUAUAUAUAUAUGUAUAUACUCACCCUUGAUUUAAAGCAAAAAGAAGAUGUAAUGAUUUAAAAGUUGACAGCUGUUUUAAUGGUAUCUUAGUCUCCUGAUGUAAUUUGUUUUUAUUGGAUUUUUUUCUCUCUUUUUUUUUACAUGUUGCACAGUCAGUUGAUCAAUUAAACACAUUUCAGCUUUAAAGGUGCUUUCACUGAUAUUUAUUACAUGUAACUGAUUUUGAUGCUGUGGUAAAUGGGAUUAUUUGAAUUGGCUAUUGUUGUGUUACCACCAGUCUGUGAGUGUGAGUGUGUGAGUGAGAGCAUGAGUGACACUGGGAGGUUGAUCACGGCUGAUAUUUCUGUUCCAGAUGAAGCAUUAUUGCAAGUUAUGGUAUUAUUUUCUUGUUGUUGUUUGGCGCCUUCGUCUUUCGGAAGUUAAACUGGUUGUUUGUGUUUGAGCAUUGAGAUUUUUACUUAAAUGUGCUGUUGCUUUUGUUGGUGUUGAUAUUCUUUUGUUGUAGUAAAUUACAUUUUUCUUUUC